AUGAAAGCCUCAGGCCCGAGAAAGAGGGCCAUCCCGUCCAACCCGAGCGUCAGGACCCUGGACGGCUCCCAGAGGCGUCAGGAGGGAACUCAGGAAGGCGGGGCUUCCGUCGAGCGAGAGCGCGAGCCCUCUUUUGCGGCAAGCCCCGCCCCCGCCCCGCCCCCUUCUGGCUUGGCUCCUCCCCCAGCGACUCCCUGCUGGAGAAGAGGCCUCCCUCCUUCGCUUGACCCCGCCCCCUCGAGGCCCGGCCACGCCCCCGGGGCUCCCUCCUGCCGCCGAGAGGCUUCCAAGCCAGAAGGCAGGCAGGCAGGCACGCCGGGAGGAAGGCGGGCGGGCGGGCGGGAGGAGGAUGCGGCGGGCCUGGUAGCGCGAUGGGCUCGGAGCCCCCUCCCCUCCCUCCUCCCCCCCCCUCCCCCUCCCCUGUCGGCCGUGUGGCGCGCCCUCGGGGCCUUCUUCGCGCUCUCGCUCUCGCUCCACCUCCUCACCCUCGGGUGCUACCUCGAGCUGCGCGCUGAGCUGCGCCGCCGGGACAGGCCGGCAGGGGGCGCCGCCCGGGAGAUCCACCAGCCCGCCGCCGCCGCCGCGCUCCAGGCCGAGGCGGGGAGGCCACGCCCCCUCGAAGACACGCCCACCGCCCCGCAGAGGGAGCAGGUGGCCCUGCGCAGCCUGCUCUUCCCGGAGGAUCCCGCGCUGCCCGUUUCCCGAGAGGAGAGCAGCAUCCGCCUCCACCACCGCGUCCGGAGGAACAAGCGGAGCAAAGCCAGCGAAGGGGCCGAGGGCGCAACCUCAACUAAGAAGAAAAAAGGCAAACGAGCGGGGCCCCCCGGCCCCCCAGGGCCACAAGGGCCCCCCGGCCCCCCUGGCCCCCAAGGGCCCCCGGGCAUCCCCGGCAUCCCCGGCAUCCCCGGCACCACCGUCAUGGGCCCCCCCGGCCCGCCCGGACCCCCCGGCCUCCAGGGCCCCCCCGGCGUGCAGGGCCCCACAGGCACCACAGACAAAGUGGGACCCAGAGAUGCCCAGCCGGCCGUGGUGCACCUGCAGGGACAAGGGUCCGCCAUCCAGGUCAAGAAUGAUCUUUCAGGUGGGGUCCUCAACGACUGGUCCCGCGUGGCCAUGAACCCCCGGGUCUUCAAGCUGCACGCCCGCAGCGGGGAGCUGGAGGUGCUGGUCGACGGCACCUACUUCGUCUAUAGUCAGGUAGAAGUCUACUACAUCAACUUCACGGACUUUGCCAGCUACGAGGUGGUGGUGGACGAGCAGCCCUUCCUGCAGUGCACGCGCAGCCUGGAGACGGGCAAGACCAGCUUCAACACCUGCUACACGGCCGGCGUCUGCCUCCUCCGCGCCCGGCAGAAGAUCGCCGUCAAGAUGGUCCACGCCGACAUCUCCGUCAACAUGAGCAAGCACACCACCUUCUUUGGGGCCGUCCGCCUGGGGGACGCCCCGGGAUCCUCCUAAGGCAGCAGCCCAGCCCCGGGCACGCACGCGCGCGCACACAGAGCCCCGGGUGGUAUUUAUUGGCCAGGCGGCCUGAGGAGAGACCGGGCGCCCGCUGCCCUUCCCGACUUUGGGCCCCGCCAGAGACGUUGCUGUUUUGGGGCCCCGCUCCCCUCCGUCCGCACCGCUCCAAACGAACAAAGGAACGGACGGGGCAGAACUGCGUUGGGCCGAGGGCCGCUCCUUCCGUGUAUAUAAAAUUUUUUAUAUAUGUUAUAUAUAGUGUAUAUAAACUUGGGGUGUAAGUUUUACAUUGUCUGCCAGUGUUUUCCCUUUUUGCAAAUAAACGCUGGUGUUUUUUCUGA